UUCAUCAUCAUCACAUGUUGCAAUAUUCUCGUGGAUGCCGGCUAUUACAUUGUAUUUCUCACAGUAGAUUCUUGAUCACAUUUUCAAAGAUAAAUCCUCUAAUAUUGUCUAUCUUAUCAAUAAUUUAAGAAUAUAAUCAUGGCAGUAUCCGCGGACGCGAUGGAGGCGCAGGAACAGAUUCAAGCCGCGAUGGGGGAUAUGAUUAACGAAAUCGAUAAAAGUCACCUUCGAAAAAUUCAGUUACGAAUGCACCAAUGUGCUGCGAAAUGUUGCUCAGAUGAAAAGGCGAGUCUGGAAGAUACUCACAGUUGUAUCGAAGUUUGUUCGAGGGGGGUGCACACGGCUCAAAAUUAUGUGCAAAAGGAAGUUGGGGGAUUUCAGGAACGUCUCCAACGCUGCGUUUUAGACUGUCAGGAUAAAACAAAGGACAAAAUGGGUGCAACUCCUACCGAGCCAGAGGUGGAUAGCCUAAAACUAGAAUUUGAGCAAUGCGCUAUACGAUGUGUUAACGACCAUCUAAAACUACUUCCAAAUUUAGUGAAAAGAAUGAAAGCAGCGCUUGCUAAGCAGUCAUAAAUACGCCAAAUCAAAAGUAAAAGUGAUCCUCGUGGCAAAACUAUCACGUUAUUAUACGAUUGAAGUGGUAAAAAAAUUCCAGUUGAAGUAAUUAAUAUUGCCAUCGUCAUCUCCGAAGAUUAAAGCCUGUGUUCAGCGUCAGCGUCAUUUGUUGCAAAAAAAAAACAUUUUGUAGAACACUGCUUCCGGUAGUCAAUCCAGCAUUUAAUACUUACUAAAUUGCAUUGUAGUAAAAUUAUUGAGACUAUUUAGAUUAAUUCCAUGUACUUAUUUAGUAUAUUAUAUUAAUGAGUUUAGUCAUGACAUACCAAUAUAACAAGAAUUAUUUUAAUAGAUAUUCCGUUCUACAAAAUCUAGAAGCUUUAUAUUUUACUGCUAUUUUAUUUCCGUUGUCUAUUAUGCUUUUAUGGAUAGCAAAUAUAUUAUUGUUGCCCAGUUUAUCGUGCUUAAACAAGGACAGGAGUAAAUUUGUUUGACAUAAUCCAUAUCCAUUCUUGUGAUGAAAGUUUGUAGAGAAUAUAAUUUUGUUAGACUUGUGCUGCAUAUGAAAUUAGUUUAAUACUUAAUAAACAAUGAUGUUUAAAACGUAGGCAUUUACAUAAUACCAAUAAAAUUAAUAACGUUAUUGAAAAGUCA